AUGAUUCCACAGAUCCGAGACAUCAUACUCCGGAAGCGCAUCAAACUCACACUCCAGCAGGCGUCUGGUUAUUAUGAUUACUUCCUUCUUGGCCUGCGACUCCGAGAUGCCAAUUCCACCUUUGUUCUGUUCCCAGGUGAUGGCUUCAAUCUUCACCCCACUGCUGCUGUCGCUUGGCUUCACAACAAGUAUGUAAAGUUCCUUGCCCGACCCGCUUCGAGAAAUGUGGAUAGAGAUAUUGCCGCUCUGGUUCUGGUCCUUGACCAAGACUCGCCAUUUGUCAUCCUGAUCCUGAGGUUCAAAGCCGGCUCUGAGUUUCUCGUAUUGGGCAUCACUGAUAUAUAG